AUGCUGGAGGGGAGCGAGGCGCGAGCGCGGAUCGGGAGCGCGCGCAUAGGAAGGACCGGGAGGAGGAAGCAGCAGCAGCAGCAGCAGCAGCUCAGUCGCCAGCGGAGACCAGGACGGUGGAUGAACGGAGCAAAGCGAGCAUCGUUUUCCCACAGCGGCUUCCCUCCGAGCAGCGCCCUGCAGCCCGAAACCUGCCCGAAAAUGAUGCUGAAAGCGGCCCUCCUCUUCGGGGUGCUCGUCGGCAUCAGUCAAGCUUCACUGCAGGUUUCCAUAUCCUUGCACAAGGUGGAGUUAAGCGUUGGAGAGUCCAAAUUCUUCAUCUGCACAGCUAUCGGUGAGCCUGUAAGGCUGGAAUGGUUCAACCCUCUGGGUGAGCGCAUCGUAAGCAGCAAACGAAUGAAUCUGCAGGCGGAGGCGUCCCGAUCCCGACUCAUCAUCUACAACGCCAUCAUCGAGGACGCAGGGAUCUACCGCUGCCAGGCCACCGACGCCAGCGGCCACACGGAGGAGGCGUCGGUGGUGCUCGAAAUCUACCAGAGACUGACGUUCCGGGAUGUAAAGUCGCCUCAGGAGUUCAGGCACGGCGAGACGGCAGAGGUUGUCUGUGAUGUCAUCAGUUCGCCGGUGCCGGCGGUGGUUUGGUACUACCAGGACAAAGAGAUCACAGAGGAGCACCACAGCAGGUUCCAGGUGCUGCCAAACAACAACCUGCAGAUCCGCCAGGUGACCAAGGCGGACGAGGGCGUUUACCGCUGCGAGGCCAGCGUGGAGGCCAGAGGGGAGAUCGACUUUGUGGACAUAGCCGUGGUCGUCAACGUUCCUCCGUCGUUAUCGGUCUUCCAGCAGUCCUUCAACGCCACAGCCGACUACCAGGAAUCAGUCACCUUUACUUGCAUCACUUCUGGAUCUCCUGAUCCUCUGGUCACAUGGCACAGGAAGGGGCAGCAGCUGGAGCCUUCAGAGAAGUACAUUUUCAGCCAGCUGGAGGGCGGACGCAGCAUGCUGACCAUCCGAAACAUCCGGCAGGCCGACGGAGGAACGUUCUCCUGCAAGGCCUCCAACAAGGCCGGCUUCCAGGAGAGAGAACUUCUGCUCAAAGUGUUCGUCCAGCCCCACAUCACCCAGCUGAAGAACGUGACAGCCGUGGAGGGCAGCGCCGCCAUGAUCUCCUGCGUGGCCGAGGGCGAGCCUCUGCCUGACAUCUCCUGGAGGAGAGCCAGCGACGGACAGACCUUCGUGGACGGAGACAAGAGUCGGGACGGGCGGUUCGAGGUCCGCGGCCGUCACGGUAAAUCCGUGCUGACCAUCAGCGGGGUGCGGCUCAGCGACCUCGGCCGCUUCGACUGCGAGGCUCAAAGCAGGAUAGGAGGCCAUCAGAAGAGCAUGUUUCUGGACAUCGAGUAUAUUCCUAAAUUCCUGACCAAUCACACCAUCUAUUACUCGUGGGAGGGGAACCCGGUGAACAUCAGCUGCGACGUGAUGUCCAACCCGCCCGCCACCAUGCUGUGGAGGAGGGAACGCUUCACCAUCUCAGAGGGAACGCCGCACAUGCAGAUCUACCGCACAGACGAGAAGUCGGUGCUGGAGGUGACUCCGAUGUCGGACCGAGACUUUGGCCGGUAUAACUGCACGGCCCGGAACAACAUCGGAGUCCGGUACCAGGAGUUCAUCCUGGCUCAGGCAGACGUCCCAUCCAAUCCGUACUCCGUCCGUCUGUCGGCCGUUUCCCAGCGGCUGGCGACCGUCACCUUCAUGAAGCCGGACUCUCACGGCGGCGUUCCCAUCAGCUUCUACCUGGUCCAGUAUAAAGAGCUGGGCUCCAUAGACUGGAGGGAUGUGAAGUCACACAGCGUGCAGACCACCGUAGUUCUGACCGGACUGGAGCCCAACACGACGUACGAGGUGCGAGUCGCCGCCGUGAACGGGAAAGGUCAGGGAGAGUUCAGCCACACGGAGACCUUCCAGACUUUACCCAUCCGAGAACCGAGUCCGCCGGCGGUCCACGGCCAGAGGGGCGUGGGGAAGGCCUACAGGCUGGGGCUGGUCAAGCAGGAUGACGGCGGGAUGCCCAUCGUGGAAUAUAUCGUCAAAUACAAAACGGAUAAAGAGGAACAGUGGAUGACCAAGCUGGUUCCAGGAGCUAACGACUUUGCGAUGCUGCAGUCGCUGCAGUGGAACACGAGAUAUGAAGUGGAAAUCACAGCCCGCAACGUCAAAGGCCUAUCGGAGCCCACCUUCUAUCAGUUCUUCAUGCCACAGAAGCCCGACAUUACAGCAGAAUCCCUGUUCAGCGGCCUGGGGCUCGGCGCGGUGGUGGGCCUCGGCCUCGGAGCGCUGCUGCUGCUCCUGGUGCUGGUGGACGUCAGCUGCUUCUUCCUGCGCCACUGCGGCCUGCUCAUGUGCAUCACUCGCACGCUCUGCAGCAAGAAGACGGCAACCAGCGGCAAGGGCAAAGAGAUGGAGGAGGGCAAGGCGGCCUACCUGAAGCUGCCGCUGAAGGAAGAAAAUGGCAAAGAGUCUCUCAAGCCGGAUACGAUUGAAAUCAAAGUGCACAGCGACAACAGCAUCCACAUAAAGCCGGACGACAGCAAGGCUUAAAAAUAAAUAUAUAUAUAAAGUAACGGUAAAGAAGAACGGGGUCGGCUCCCCUCGCCACCAAAAGAACAUUCGGAUCACGAGACCAACGGCCUGGAAAAGUGAAAAUAGUGGAGUAAAAUACUAUAUCUGUUUAUAUUAAUGCCCGAAUGAAAGGCAUGUGUAAAUAAAAAUUAAGAGAGGAAACAGGAAGGAAACUUUUUGACAUCCAGAAUGCAUUUUGUUCAGUAGGAGCCUCUUAAAUGAUUGUAUUUUAUUUUAUUUUCUCUCUUUUAAUGAAACUCCUCAGAAUUUGCUUUUCAUUGUUUUUUUAUCGCGGUUUGGGUUGGUGAAACGGCCGCCAUCUUUGUUUUUAAUUUUUGGCGUUUCAAUGUUUUGGAGACGUAGAAACAAAUCAAAUAACGUUUCUAAAUACUAAAAAAAAAAAAAAAAAAGUGUUUUUGAUCUGAAAGUGACCCAAAGCCGUGGAAACACUCCUUUUUAUCUGAAAUCUGUCUUUAAUUUUGAAAAGAAAGAAACUCCUUUUCUGUUUCGGACUCUCUCUGAUGUCGUUGUGUGUUGUACAUAGGUGAAAAAAACCGGAUAUUUUACAGAGCUUUUAUGUAAAUAUAUUAAAAAAAGGAUGUCUCUUUUUCCACAGUGCAGAAGGCUUGGCUUUUGUUUUACUUCCUCUCCCCGUUGCGUUCAGGUUCUGGUGUAAUAUUGCUUUUUCCGCUCAUUUGCUUCCCCUUGAGGGAAACCCGAACCCCGAGGCGAUUCCACGGCAGUAAUUACGGCAUUAAUGUGCCUUUUCUUUCCUUUUCUUGCUCCCUUUUGUGUGGUUUCCUCCAUGAAAUCAGCUUCUGAUUUGCUGCUUUUUGCGCCAGAGAAAGUGGACUGUUUAUGGUGAUGCUGCGGGCUGCGGCGGCCGGCCGCUCUGGACUCACAGAUGUGGAACACGGUUCCGACAGAACAUAAGAAAAUGGAAAAAAAUGUUGUAUUUUCAGACUUUCUGUCUUUGUUUUCUUCCUUUUUCCCUUUUGCUAAUUUCCUGAUUCCUUCAGUCCCCCUCUCCCUUUACUUCCUUGUCUCCUAACUUGUGUCCCUCCUUUACUUGUCGUUUUUUCCUCUGUUCUUUCUUUCUUUCUUUCUUACGUGUGUCCUUCCUUUUUUCCUUUCUUGUAUCCUAACUAACUCCCUUAAUUUUCUAUUUCAUCUGUCCUUCCUUCAGUCUUUACAUCCCUUCUUUUUAUUUUUUCCCUUCCUUUUUUUUUAUUUUUCCUAGCUCCCUUUUUCCUGUCCUUCCUAUCUUUCCUUAUUUACUUGUCCUUCAUUCUUUACUUCCCUCCCUUACUUGUUUCCUUUCUUUCCUUCCUGGACUGGGAAUUCAGGGAAAUUGAGUCUUUUUACUUGAUAAAAUGUAGGAACCUGGAAGUAAACAGAGAUCUGGUUCUGUUGGUGUGUAACGCAUCAUUAUCAUAUGUGUGUGUGGGGGUGUGUGUGUGCGUGGGUGUGCAUACAUGCGUGUGUGCGUGAACAUUCAGGUUGCAUGUAUGUCUGUUGAAUGUAUCUGCACGUACUGUACCGUAAGUCCAUGACCGUCUGCUCAUCCUGGUUUCAUCGAUGCUAAAAUCGAUUCAGAGUUCAGUUGGGUGAAAAUCCGACUCGGUUUCAGUUCCAGGCGUUUUUCUGUUUCCGGGUCGCGAUGACGCGGAUCCGGACGGUGGGUAAUCCUCUCCCCGCCUCUGAGCUUUUAUCUCCAACCCGUGAAGCGCCGCAAAAAGAAAACAAAAAUGAAACAAGUACCUGCAUAUGUGAAUCGGGUUUGGUUCUGCUGCCUGUCGAUGAUCACUGUAAAUACCGGAGCACAGUGCCUGGAGGCUAUACAGUUUGUACAUGUUCUUUUUGUAUUUGAAUAUGAGUCUGAAGCCACUCUCGUUUCCUCGAUCCUUUCGGUUCUGUCCGGGGUUAAAACAGACGUGUUUGAGCUCAGUGUACAUUAUGUGUCCUCUCUGUCCCCAUGUCCCCUGGACUGUCUCUGCUGAAUUGUGCAGGAAGUGGGAACUAUCGAUGUUUCUCUGUAUGUACCUGUGGAACACUUGUGACUCGUAUCAUUUUGCCGCUGUAAAUAAACAUGUCCUGGUAGAAGAGA